GCAUAUACUGUAGAAAUAUCGAAUAUUUAUUUAUUUUUGCUCAAAGUAUUUUCAAUUUGUCUCUUUCGCCACCCCCAGCUGUUGAUAUCAAGUUGUUCACGGUGUAAGACAUGUGACUGUUUGGUCUACGAUGAGGAAAUCAUGGCUGGUUGGACAGCUGAUGACUCCAAUCUAAAUACCAUCUGUCCCUUCUGCGGAAACCCUUUCCUUCCUUUUCUUAACGUGGAGAUUAGAGACACGAGAGGACCCGGCAGGAUGUUCCUAAAGGGAAGCGCAUCUGUCGACGAGGCGAUGAGCUCUUCAUAUUCUGCCUCCACGGGCUUUGGCACAGGGACAUCCACCUUGUCCACCCCUUGUCCCAACACUGCUAUCUCGCCACCCUCCCCCGGUAUUUCUAUCCAAGACCGUUCAGUGAGAUCGAGACCUCGAUCUAUGAGAUCUCACGGUGUCAAGAUCCCCUCAGAGUGGCGCCACGGGGCUUUUUCUUCUGGAUUGGCCAUGGCCCGUAGCGUCAGUGUCUUUGGUCCAGCUGAGGAAACAUACCAGUGCAACCAUUUUGUGCCAUUCUCUGGCAGUUUACCCAGCCGCUUGAAUGAAACCACUGUAUGUGCCACACUGCUGAUACCAGAGUAUCGUCAAAAUUAUUAUUUUUGACCCUAACAUUUU